GUUUUUAUCUGGACCUGUUGAUGUUUUUGGUCAAGUUCUUGGUCAGCAGGAGCCAAAUAGCAGCUUUAAGAAAUCAAACCUUGUGUGGUCUUUAGAGUACUGCAAACACAACUUGAUUUUGCUCUCAUCAUCUACUGAUUGACAGUCAUAAGGAAAGACUUCAAACUAUAAAAUGUUCCAAUUUCUCUUGUUUUACUGAGCAGUGAAAGAACAAUUGUUAUCAUUUGAUAAUAGCUGUCCUGUAUUCAAAAACAUUCAAAACAGGAACGUUUUGUGGGACAUUUGAACCAUCUUCAGAGUCGCCAAGAAGGUGUGAAGUUCCAUCAGGUUCCUUGUUCACUGUGUGUGGCUAAACAUCCAACAUCCAAUGGCAGCACGCCCCGAGACAACCUGGAACAGUGGUCUUUGCGACUGCUUUGAGGACACAAGUACUUGCUGCUAUGGUUUCUGGUGCUGCCCUUGUCUUGCCUGCACGGUUUCGGGAAAGUUUGGAGAGAACCGUUGUCUCCCAUUAUGUGACAUAUUCAGCCCCGCCAUAGUAGCAGCCUGUGGAGUACCUGUAUUUGUGCCUCCUGCAGUCCUGUCUCUAAGGGUUGCCAUGCGAAACAGAUAUCGUAUCAAGGGUUCUAUCUGUAAGGACAUCGCAGUUUCAUGUUUCUGUCUGUGGUGCUCCUGGUGUCAGAUGCAUCGUGAGUUAAAACAUCAGCAGAAAGCUCCCACUGUCGUCGUCAUACAGCCUGCUCCAGUGAUGAUGGCUCCUGCUCCAGUGAUAAUGGCUCCUGCUCCAGUGAUGAUGGCUCCUGCUCCAGUGAUGAUGGCUCCUGGUUACCAUUCUAAUGCUGGUUUUGUCGGCCAACCAGGAGUUGUUACAGUUAAUAGAUACUAAGUUUUGUGGUCUCCAAUUGGUCUGCUCUUUCUCAUGGGAGACAUUUGAUUUAGCUCAGAUCAUUUAUCAGUGGUGCGACCAUGUUGUGGUCGUUCAAUGUAAAAGCUGUUUAUUUUUGGUGAGAUGUGGGAGAGGGAGGAUAAAGUCCUUGUUUGGACCUUAUUUUAUUUAUAUAUAUUUGCAUCAGAGCAUGCUGAGCAAAUUUUAGUCCCAUAAUGCCACAAUAAUGAUGACAAUUCUAUGGUGGAAGUUAAUAGAUAUGAUUUUUAAAGACCGAGGGAAGUGUUGUAAAAGUCUCAGGAUGAAUUCGCAAAUAUGCAUAUAAACAUGAAAGAGGUCAAGUGAGCAGAGGACUUCAUCCGUUUCCUGAACAUUACCAAAAGACGUCGGUGUCGCAUACUGCUUUAGUACGAUGUAUGAUGUAUGUAUGAUGUAUGAUGAAGAAAUUAUGUGUAAUUACAAAGCAUAACUUUCUUUGAUAAUGUUUACCCAAUGGCUCUUUGAAGGACUUUAAAACCCAAGUAGAUUUGUGUCACUAUAUGUAGAUUUUAAUUUUUUAUAUGCUACAAAAAUCACAUAAAAGUUGCAAAAAUUCUGUCCUAUAAAAAUGAUUUUAUUUAGAAAACCAAAUAAAGUUUGUGGAAUCUUAGUAUUUAGUUCUCAGUAAGUUUGUGAAUUUCAAAUUAUUCUGAUGGUUUUUGUUUGUAGAAA